AUGGCCUCACAAUCCCACACUCUUCCAUCCCUUCCCUAUGCCUACGAUGCCUUAGAACCCAUCAUCUCCAAGCAGAUAAUGGAGCUUCAUCAUCAGAAGCAUCAUCAAACCUACGUGAAUAACCUCAAUGCGGCACUCUCGGCUCAUAUCUCGGCCACCCAGGCCAACGAUGUCUCAGCUCUGAUCAGCCUGCAGCAAAAGAUUCGUUUUAAUGGCGGCGGUCACAUAAACCACUCCUUGUUCUGGAAAAAUCUGGCUCCGCCUAACACGCCGGGAAAUGAUAUUUCAAGUGCGGCACCGACGCUUCGUGAAGCUGUUGUCUCGCAAUGGGGCUCAGAGUCUGCCUUUAUUCAGGCCUUCAACACCCAGUUGCUUAGUCUCCAGGGCAGUGGAUGGGGCUGGCUGGUGAGCACCGGAGGUCCUCGUGGAAGACUGGAAAUUACCACGACCAAGGAUCAGGACCCGAUUGUUGGGCCUGCUGUGCCCGUAUUCGGCGUAGACAUGUGGGAACAUGCGUAUUAUCUCCAGUAUCUCAACAACAAAGCCGGAUAUGUUGAUGGUAUCUGGAAUAUCAUUAACUGGGCAGAAGCUGAAAAGCGCUACACGGCUGGUGUGGAAAGCUUGCUCAAGCUCUAA